AUGCUCCCGAUCAUCGAACCCUCCACCACUGCGCAGCACAUCAAGAGGGAGGUUGAUGAGCUGGAGAGGCUCACCUCCUUGAAUGCCGACCUGAUGCCGGAGGUGCGCGACGGGAGCGCGCUGGGCCCGACGCCAUCGGACUCCCUCCUCGUCCAAGACUCCAUUCCGCAAGGCGGCGCGGCGGGCCCGACCUUGCCGGACCCUUCCACGCUCGAGAACGCCGGCACGGAUCGGUCCGAAAAUACCUCCGAGAACGGCAUCUUCGGACCGCUUCAUGAGCUGGCGGAGCAGGUCGUCCAGUCCUUUGAUGAGGAAGAGGCACAGUUCGUGGCUGAACUGCAGAGCUCCUGGAGGGAGGCAGAGCCCAUGCAACUGAAGACCGCCAAGUGA